AUGAUGCUGGGAUUGGUAAUUCUAUUAUGGAUCUCUGUUGUAUUUGCAGAGAAUCUAAAUUUUUGUGCGUAUCAUAGGGAUAACUUGCGUCGAUCAUUGUCUUUGGGGUCGCCUGGUCCAGAUAACUUGUUGUUACCAUUUAAUGGAACUAGGAUUCCAGGUAGCCAGGAAUCGAUAGAUAUUCAAAUCUUUAUCAAGGAAUUUUUUGGAGAGAAAUUGAGUAAUGAUUGGUCAUUAGAGGUUGACUCCUUUGAAGAAAAGGGCUAUAACUUCACCAAUCUAGUCUUUACACCUUUUAAUGGUGACACUUUUCUGGUCCUAGCCGCACAUUACGAUACUAAGAUCGAGCCCAAAGGUUUUAUUGGAGCCACUGAUAGUGGAGCGUCAUGUGCGAUUCUGCUGUACGUUGCAAAGUUCUUAGAUCAAAUACUGACAUCUGAUCGGGACUUGUUAAAUCCUUGGCUGUUGGGUAGCAAUGUAGGAUUAAAAAUUGUGUUCUUCGAUGGAGAGGAAGCAUUGGAAUACUGGACCGCUGAGGACUCUAUCUACGGGUCCAAGCAUCUGGCGGAAAAAUGGAAGAAUCAAGGUUUACUCGAUAGAAUUGACUUAUUUGUGCUGCUAGAUCUGCUUGGAAGUCAGGAACAAUUACCAGUUCACAGUUACCACAGAUCGUCACAUGCAUAUUACGAGGUACUAAGCGAUAUUGAGCGUGUAAUAGCCAAGGGAAGGGACAGGUCGCUCAAUCCUUCAGAACUUCAAUAUCUAAUGAAAGGGCCAUUUCUCGAUGAUGAUCACAGGCCGUUUUACGAAGCAGGAGUUUCUGUAUUGCAUCUGAUACCGUUCCCAUUCCCAUCGGUCUGGCAUAAACUUGAAGAUAACUUUGAAAACCUGGAUGAGACUAAGAUACAAAGAUGGGCUGUGAUGAUGAGUGAGUUCGUCGUUAAAUUUGUUAAUUCCUAA